AUCUCAACUACUGAGCUGUUUGUCUGAAAGUUGCUUGUAUAAAACUAAGAUUAGAAAACAAAUCCAUUCACUUAUUGAUAAUAUAAUUUAUUCUAAAAACAUCCUUCUAUUCUUGCCAUUAGAAGUGAUUUGGGUAUGGAAUAAACCAGCAUAUUUAAAUAUAUUACAUAUAAGCUAGUGUUCAUAAAAUAGGGGCAAAUAAUGGUGAUAUCCCUUAUGACAGAAGAGAUGAUUUAACAUAUUUCUUUUAUAGAUAAAUGAUGUCAUAUUAGUAUGCAGUGCAGACCUGUUUCAGAUACAAUUAUUUUCUUGUUUUUAUCUUAAACAGAACACCCUGGUUGUUUGGUCAGAAGAAGAGAACUAUGAUUUAGCAUAGUUCUCUUGAUUUUUCAAGAAAAAGCUCUCUGUGCUGAAAUUUGGGGAAGAAUUUGCCAGGUACACUUAAUCUCGUAUAUUCUGCUUCUUCCAGAUGUUUUAGUACUUUCUGUGAAUUUUUCUAUUUGUGCAUCCUUCUUAAACCUGCUUGUAAAACAAACAAAUAUUCACUGUUAUUUUCUGUCGCUUUUCUGUGAUGAGCUACCAGUAGUGCCAGUGAUAUUUUUUGGUGUUCGAUAGAUAAUAAGGCAGACUUGGCUUACCAUCUUCAAAGAAACAUCUGAUCCUCUGAAGUAAGACUUGACAGAUAAGUUGCUAAACUGACCUGGAACCAUGAGUGGCAGUCAACUUCUUUACGCCAUAAAAGUCCAGCAUCCUUUCCAUACAAUUAGAUUCUCUCUUUCCUUCCCUUUCCCCUUUCCUCCCCUUUUUCUUCCAAAGCACUGGUACUCUGCCGAGACGCUUUGCUUUCCGCACUGUUACCGCCACAGCUGGCCCAGGGGACAGCUCGACUGCUCUCCGAAGGCUGUCAGUGCCCGGCCCCAGCCCUCCUGCAGCUGGAGGCCCCGGACGGGAUUGGGAGGCUCAGCCGGGUAUGGAGAGCUGCUCUCCGCCGGGGGCGGGCCGGGAGCGGGGGCGAGGCCGGCGCCGGAAGAAGGGUUCGGUUCCGGGCCGCGCGGCGUCAUGGAGUCGCUGUGGCGGCUGAAGCGGUUCGACGCUUUUCCUAAGACCCUGGAAGAUUUUCGGGUUAAGACGUGCGGGGGAGCGCUGGUGACGGCAGUUAGUGGGCUCAUCAUGGUGCUGCUUUUCUUCUCGGAGCUGCAGUAUUACCUCACCAAGGAGGUUCAUCCAGAAUUGUAUGUUGACAAAUCAAGGGGAGAUAAACUGAAGAUCAAUUUAGAUGUUAUUUUUCCACACAUGCCUUGUGCUUAUUUGAGCAUUGAUGCAAUGGAUGUAGCAGGAGAGCAGCAGCUGGAUGUAGAGCACAAUCUGUUCAAACAACGUUUGGAUAAAGCUGGGAAUCGUGUAACUCCAGAGGCUGAGAGACAUGAGCUGGGAAAAGAAGAAGAAAAAGUGUUUGAUCCACAUUCUUUGGAUGCUGAUCGCUGCGAGAGCUGUUAUGGGGCAGAAUCAGACGACAUUCGGUGUUGUAAUACUUGUGACGAUGUCAGAGAAGCUUACAGGCGGCGAGGCUGGGCCUUCAAGAACCCAGAUAGCAUAGAGCAGUGCAAGAGGGAAGGGUUUAGCCAGAAAAUGCAAGAGCAGAAGAAUGAGGGCUGCCAAGUGUAUGGUUUCCUAGAGGUCAACAAGGUAGCUGGAAAUUUUCACUUUGCACCAGGAAAAAGUUUUCAACAGUCUCAUGUACAUGUUCACGAUCUGCAGAGCUUCGGACUAGAUAAUAUCAAUAUGACGCACUAUAUCAAACAUCUCUCAUUUGGAAGGGAUUAUCCAGGCAUUGUGAACCCUCUGGAUGGGACAGCCGUCACUGCACAGCAAGCUUCCAUGAUGUUUCAAUAUUUUGUCAAAGUGGUCCCCACUGUGUAUAGGAAAGUAGAUGGUGAAGUGGUAAGAACUAACCAGUUCUCAGUUACACGACAUGAGAAAAUAGCAAAUGGGCUACUGGGAGACCAGGGUCUGCCUGGUGUCUUUGUACUGUAUGAGCUUUCACCAAUGAUGGUGAAGCUGACAGAGAAACACAGGUCCUUUACUCACUUUCUCACUGGAGUUUGUGCCAUUGUUGGAGGCAUAUUUACAGUUGCCGGUUUCAUUGACUCCUUGAUCUAUCACUCAGCACGUGCCAUCCAGAAGAAAAUUGAACUUGGGAAGACAACAUAAAUAAGCAAUGGCAUCAACCCAUUCAAAAACAACAACAACAACAACAACAACAACAAAAAGAAAAACAGACAAACAAAACAACCCCUCCAAGGAGAACUGAACAGGCUCUUUGAAACACAAGUGAUCUUCUGAGAGUGCACAGAAGAGGUUUGGAACUUCCAGAUGACCCUAACCACUCAUAUGUUACUGUGCCCUCAUUCUUUGGCCUUAGUUUGUGGAUGGAACAACUUGAACCUUGCUGCUAUAAAGAUUAGCUAUCAUAUCUGGCUCUGCAGACCCUACUGUCAUACUGUUUUUGUGUCAGUCCAUGUUCCUCCAGUUCUACACCCCUUCCCAACAGAGAUGCUGGAGAUACUGCAUUCUUUUUGCCUCUAGGAAUAAUGUACUUUAUUGUCAAGAGACCUCUAAUGGAUUGAAAUUGCCAUCAAAUAAGCUUUCUAGCAACACCAUCAGGGAUUUUUAAUUUUUCCAUAAAAUGUUUCUGGGUGUGCUGAUGCUAUAUGUCAGACCUCCAUAAAAAUGUGCUGAAUCCCAUCUGUUGCCUUCCAGCCAUCUCAGGCUGCAUGGGGAGCCGAAGCAUUUGGGAUGUGCUUUCUGCCUGAGGGGGCUCCCAGUUGUUCUUCUUAUGAAAGAUGCAAGUUAAUGUUUCAGAAAAAAAAAAGUGUCCAGAAUUUUAAUUGAUUUUUUAAUUGGAUUUUUUUUUUCAUUUCCUCUUGGUAUAUAUUUUCAAAUAAAGUCCAUCCUCUCUUGUUCUGGUGAGGCAUCUGGCGGAAUAAUUAAAUUAUUUGAACUAAUCCUGAUACUGAAUUGGAAAUAAGAAUUAAAAGACACAUUGCAUUGUGGCAAAGUAUGUAGAGAUUGUGGUGAUGAUGAUGGGGCUUUUUAGUGUUAAAUCAUUACACAAGUGAGUAAACUGCUUGCUAUCUAAAACUAUAUUGGGAGAAAUUUCAAAAUAAUUAGGAAAAAAAUUUGUGAAUUCUUGGCUUAUUUGAUGUAAAACAGAUUGAUUACUCUUAAAUCUCAGAUCUGAAUUUGCUUUGGUAUGACUCUAAUAUUGGUCCAAGCAAUUGGAAAGGCACAGGAUCAGAUACUGCAGAAAGCAAGCUGUUUUAUAAUGUAUUUUAAAGCAGGUUUUGCUAAGUGGUUGGGUUUUUUAAUUAGUUGAACUUACCCUUACCUAUAAACCAGGGAGUCUAAAAACUGCUGUUUUUCAGGUGGGGAGGGAAGCAAUUUGUAGUGUGGGUAAGGAGAAUUAUUAUCUUCAAGCAAGAAUGUUGAAAAGCAGGUUUGUUUUAAAUGUAUUUUUAUAGGGAUAUUUAAUUAAUCCAGUGCAUCAGGAUCACAUAGUAGUACUGCAGCAUGAGGAACGGAAUAUAGUAUCUGUUUCAUCAGGAUCAAAAAGUGACCUGAACAACUUCAAUUGCUUAUCAGUGCAUUUCAGCUUUGUAACUAAAUUUAUAGGAAUAGUAGGAGAAAGAAGAUGAAAGGAAGUAAUGCAGCAAGAGUUUAACCCACAGCGAAACAGUUAUCACUGUUUCCUAUCAGUGAUAAUUGAUAGGCUUGUCCUUGAUAGGAAAGCCAAUUGCUUGUAAACUGGAAAAGCAUUGGAGAUUAUUGCCCAGAGCAGACCUGAGCACCUAAAGAAAGGUGAAGGGAAGGUGAAGUUGCAAUACUUGUACUCAUCAUGGGAAACUGGAAAUAAUGGAGAGAAGAAAUCGAAGACACAGAAACGGAGAUUGUAUCUGGAGAGACAGAAAAUUAAUGAAGCUAAUAGUUAAGUAAUACAGGCUUCUGCUGUCUGUAGGAAGGAUAUGAGUCCAAGAGUUCUGGUGAUUUUGAUAGAUUGAAAGCCCAAGUGACUCAGCCCAAGUGAUAAAGCUGAGUCUGAAUCAAGGAUGUUAGUGACUGAAAGUGAUAAAAGACAUCCUGCUAACCCUGCUCUGGAGGACAAAAACCUUCUUUGGGGAGCUCAGUCCCUAGGGUCUGCAGUCUUGUUCUGCAGGGAGGUCAUGUUCUGCAGGGGUGCCUUUUCAAAGUUGUAAGGGGUCAAAAAGCAAAGGAAAUGGUGAUUCAUGUGUUUUCAAAGUUUAUUCAACAUGAGAUCAUUUCAAAUGUA